AUGAUCGGGCGGGACCCAAACUAUUCGAGACCUUUGCAGUCCACUCCAUCCACGCGGAUCUCCUGUACCCGUUCUCACAAGUACUACGAUUUCUGUUUCAUCAACGGUUCAACAAUUUUGGACCCCACCACCUCCACAUUCUUCGUGGCAGACCCCGCAAGCCCACCCUUGGUGGAGAAAAUCAAGCCCUACCCUCGAAAAUUCGAGAUUUCAACAAUGUCGGGUAUCAAAGAGCUGAUCCUCACCUCAGGCCCACGAGGCCCAAAAUGCCAAAUCCAACACAAUGCCCCAGCCCUUGUAUUCAGUGCGGGCGGGUACACCGGAAACGUUUUCCAUGAUUUCAAUGAUGGGUUCAUCCCUAUCUUCAUCAUCACCAAUUCCAUCCUUCACGAUCAAGAGCCGGUCCUCGUGAUAUCCAAGGCACGGGAUUGGUGGGUUAGUAGGUACGGAGAUUUACUACGAACCUUUACAAAGCACCCGAUCAUAAACCUCGAUAAUGAUACUGCCAACCACUGUUUUACUUCUGCCAGUGUGGGUCUUAUGUCCCAUGGGCUUGUGACCAUAAAUCCUAAAUUGUUACAUACCCCAAAAACGCUGGUCCAUUUUCAUGGCAUCCUAGACAAAGCCUUCCGCCGAAACCACCACCAUUCUAGGACUUCGGAUUCCCAGCCGCGCCUCGUCUUAAUAAGUCGAACCGGCGGUGUUGGCCGGGAGAUGUUGAACCAAAAUGAAGUGAAGCAAGCGGCGGAGAAGGUUGGUUUUGAAGUUGUUUUUGUGCCAUCUUCUACGACCGAUAUGCAUGUGGCUUAUAAUUUACUUAGCAAGAGUCAUGCAAUGGUUGGUGUGCAUGGAGCUGCCAUGACCCACUUGUUGUUUAUGAGGCCUGGCUCGGUGUUCAUGCAAAUUGUGCCUCUGGGCACCGAUUGGUUGGCAAAUGUGUGCUAUGAAAGUCCAGCUAGGACCAUGGGGUUGCAGUACAUUGACUAUAGGAUCAAUGUAGAGGAGAGCAGCUUGGUAGACAAGUAUGGCAAGGAUGAUAUUGUGGUCAAGGACCCGGUUUCUAAAAUGGGUUCCAAUUGGUCCAUGGAGAUUAUGAAGAUAUAUCUCAAGGAGCAAAACGUGAAGUUGGAUUUGGAUAGGUUUAAUUGGUUUUUGAAGCCAGCUUAUGACAAGGCCAAGAUAUUCAUGGACAAGGAAGGGUAG